AUGAACGCCCCGGGUAUGGGACAGCCGAUGGGGAUGGGCGGCUUGGGAGGAAACCAAAACGCCGGCAUGAGCGAGCAAGAACAGGCAAUGGUCAAGAUGAUGCAAGCUGGUAUGGAAUCUUGCCCCGUCAAGACAGUUAUUUCCGGUACCAUGGGAUUCGGUCUCGGUGGUGCAUUCGGUCUCUUCAUGGCCAGUAUGUCAUACGACUCCACCUUCACCCCGCAAGGUCGCGCAAUCUCCGAACUCCCCUGGCGGGAGCAGGUCCGCCGCGGUUUCAAGGACAUGGGUGCCCGUUCCUGGUCCUCUGCUAAAAACUUCGGUAUCGUCGGUGCGCUCUACUCUGGAACUGAGUGCUGUAUUGAGGGUCUGCGCGCAAAGAACGACUUGACCAACAGUGUCGCGGCUGGUUGUAUGACUGGUGGUAUCCUGGGUGCAAAGGCUGGCCCGCAGGCUGCUGCUUUUGGCUGUGCGGGUUUUGCGGCAUUCAGUGCUGCUAUUGAUGCUUACAUGCGCAUGCCGGAGUCCGAUGAUUAA